AUGGUGGGAAACUACCUGAGCAUGAGCAGAGACCGCUCGUGCUCCAGUCCUCCGCCGAAGAACGGGGGCCAGAAGUGCAGCGGAGAGAAGAACCAGGUCAAGCCCUGCAACACCAAACCCUGCGAUGAUGCCGGCUGUCCUCCAGGGCAGGAGUUUGUGUCGUGUGCGAACGAGUGUCCUCAGCGCUGCUCCGACCGACAGCAGGGCAUCGAGUGCCGGACCGACGCCGAGUGUGAGCCGGGCUGCCGCUGCCCACGAGGCCAGCUGGAGCAGGACGGUGUGUGUGUUCAGCGGUGGCAGUGUGACUGCGUGGACGUGUGGGGUCAAAGCUGGGCGGCGGGCAGCACACACCCGCUGGACUGUAAUAACUGCACCUGCGCAGACGGAGAGCUGCACUGCACUGAUCACGCCUGCGCAGACGCCAGCAGCUGCAGCUGGAGCUCCUGGUCCACCUGGGCGUCCUGCAGCGCCACCUGCGGCCCGGGGCGGAGGACACGCUUCAGAUCUCUGGUCCCGGAGGCUGACGGCGUGAGCUGCCAGUUCGAGGAGGUCCAGCACAAGGUGUGUGACCCGGGCCCGUGUCCUCCGCUGUGUGUGCGGGACCAGCGCCAGCUGGCGGUCGGAGACUCCUGGUUACUGGGCGAGUGUGAGCAAUGCACCUGCAUCCCUGAAGGAGAAUACUGCCAAGAUAUCGACUGUCGAGUGGACGGUGGAUGGACGCCGUGGUCCGUGUGGUCGGACUGUCCCGUUACGUGUGGGAAGAGUACACAGAUCCGCACCCGCGCCUGUAUCAACCCUCCGCCGCGACACAACGGCACACACUGCACUGGACCUGAGAGAGACACCCAGGACUGUCACGCUGCACUGUGUCUUGACGACCUUUGCCCCUGGUCCCCGUGGUCGGCCUGUUCGCGCAGCUGCGGGUCAGGCGUGAUCUCCAGGCGCCGGGAGUGUGUGUGUGAGGACGACGGGGAUCACGCGUGUCCUCCGGAGCUGGAGAGGGGCGGCGAGGAGACUCAGCUGUGUUAUAACAGACCCUGUCCAGCCUGUCCGAUGUCAGAAUGGAGUGUGUGGAGCGAGUGUUCGUGUGUGUCUCAGUAUCAGCAGAGGUUUCGUGCGCCGCUCGUAUCGGCCAGUAGAGGGCAGAACUGCAGAGAUCUGGAGCGCCAGAGCCGGCCCUGCACACCGGACCACUGCCACGAUUGUGAGAAGCCGUUCCUGUUCUCUGAAUGUGGAUCUCCCUGUGAGAAACAGUGUGAUCUGUUGGGUCAAACACACACGUGUGUGUCCCGUCAGAACUGCACAGCCGGCUGCUUCUGUCCCGAGGGUCUCCUGCAUCAGAACGGGUCGUGUGUUCCUCAGGAUCAGUGUGGAUGUGUUCAGCUUCUCCAUCAGGACUCAGACAAACCUGUGGCCAUCACUGUCCAGCAGGGGGCGCUGGUGACCAUCGGCUGCACUACAUGUCUUUGCCACGCCGGCUCUCUUCAGUGUGAUUUACAGGAAUGUGAAGUGAUGGUCAGCGAGUGGUCAGAAUGGACCUCUUGCUCUCCGUGUAUCCCAGCAUCCUCUGCUGUCCCCGAUCUGGUGUCGCUCCAGAGACGGUACCGGGCCUGUCUGGAUGUGGACUCUGGGCGUCCGGCCCGCGGGAGAGAGAGCGAGUGUGGCGAGGCGCUCGAGGAAGAGAGGAUCUGUCCACAGCCUGACAUUUGCACCGAUCUGUGUCACUGGAGUGUGUGGAGCGCGUGGAGUGUGUGUAAAGACCCCUGCAGUGGCGGAUAUCGGCAGCGGGAGCGCCGACCUCUGACCUCUGACCCCGGACCGCACUGCAGGAACCUGCAGACACAGUCUCAGAGCUGCAACACAGGCCUCUGUCCUGGUGAGCAUUGUGAGGACAGAGGGCGUGUCUUUGACUCCUCCUGUGCCAAUCAGUGUCCCCGCAGCUGCGCUGACCUUUGGGGUCACGUCCAGUGUCUGCAGGGCUCCUGUCAUCCAGGGUGUCGGUGUGCAGACGGCCGGCUGUUGCAGGACGGAGUGUGUGUGCGCGUGGACGAGUGUCGCUGUGGGGCUCCAGUGGAGAACGGGACGCUAGAGAUCCGGCCCGGAGACAACAUCACCGUCAGCUGCAACACCUGUGUGUGUGUCAACGGCUCUCUGGCGUGUUCUGACCGAGUGUGUCCGCUCUACGGCCCGUGGGGAUCGUGGAGUGUGUGUUCGGUCUCGUGUGGGACGGGGCAGAGGACACGCCGACGGACCUGCACACACACACCUGGAGGACCGGCGUGCACUGAGACCCUUCAGAGGGAAAUCUGCUCUCGGGCGCCCUGUCCAGCCGGUUGUGUGUUGAGCGAGUGGUCGUCCUGGAGCGACUGCAGCGCCUCCUGUGGCGGAGGAGUGUCACUGCGCAGGAAGACCGUCCUUCAGGAACCAGAACCAGGGGGUCCGACCUGCUCCCGACCCCUCGAACAACACACCGCGUGCAACACUAACAACUGCCUGCCUGAUUGUCCCGCUGGUCAGGUGUUCAGCACAUGUGCCGGGUCGUGUCCGUACAGCUGUGAGGAUCUGUGGCCGGAGAACGAGUGUGUGUCGGUGUCCUGCAGUCCUGGGUGCCGUUGCCCGCCUGGAGCCGUGAUGCUCAACGGAAGCUGCGUUCCUCAAUCCCAGUGUCCUUGCUCCGUCCUCUCGCUCCUGUCAGCGUCUCCCAACGUCACCCUUGACCCCCAGGAGCCGGAGGUCCCCGCCGGAGCCGUCGUCCCAAACCUGUGCAACUCAUGUGUUUGUGACGGCGGACUCUUUAUCUGCACUAAUGAGUCAUGUGACGUGGACUGUGAGUGGAGCGUGUGGUCCUCGUGGAGCUCUUGUUCCUCGUCCUGCGGUUCUGGACAUCAGUUCUCCAGCCGGACCGUACGCCGACAACACCAGUACAGAGGACAGGAGUGUGAGGGCCCGUCACACACACAGCGAGUCUGCAGGGGCCCCGAAUGUGAGUGUCCUGAGGGCGAGCGCUGGCUCUGGAGUGUGUCCGGGUCCGAGCGAGUGUGUGAGAGGGGGUGUGUGGACCUCUACAGGCCGGAGCCGCUCAACUGCACCGGCGCCGGGGCCUCGGAGGGGUGUGUGUGUGAGGAGGGCCGCUACCGGAGCCUGGACGGCCGCUGUGUGAUUCCAGCGCUCUGUCCGUGUGAAGAAGACGACGGGACAAUUCGAGAGCCGGGGUUGGAGUGGGUUGACGGCUGUCAGUCAUGUCGCUGUAUCAAUGGCCAGAAACACUGUCAAUCAAACUGUCCUCCACUGCAGUGCUCUGAGGGUGAAGUGAAGGUGCUGGAAGCGGAGGACUGUUGCCCUGUGUGCCGGAGACAGUAUCCAGAGGAUCCUGUUGCCGAGUGCCGUCGUCACACUGAGGUCAGGAACAUCACCAAGGGCGACUGUCGCCGGGACAACGUGGAGGUCAGCUUCUGCAGGGGGCGCUGUUUAUCCCGGACCGAUGUCAUUCUGGAGGAGCCGUACCUGCAGGCGUUCUGCGACUGCUGUAGUUACAGGCUCGACCCGCAGACCCCGGUGCGGUUCCUCAGCCUUCAGUGCGCCAGCGGAGACGUGGAGCCCGUCGUUCUGCCCGUCAUCCACAGCUGCGAGUGCACCAGCUGCCAGGGUGGAGACCUGUCGAGACGCUGAUGAAUGGACAGAAACGCUUCGUCCGGUCUUCUUUAUGUAGCUUGUCAUUAUAUGACUGAAUCUUCUCUAUUGAAUAUUUCCUAAAGCUCUACGAGAUCUACAAUCUGUACAGCCUUUAAAUUAUGUUUGGAUUUAUUACUUUUUUCAGUCUUUAAUAUUUUAUGUUUUAAUGAAUAUAGCUCACGUUGAUUAUAAAGAAUUGAUUAUUAUUAUUGCCAACUUCGAUAAAUGGUUUGUAGCAAAUUAGUGUAUUAGACGAUUUUACUAAAGUAGAGAGAUUUUUUCCUUUGUCUGUGGUUUGAUAUAUAAAACAUUAUUUUAUAUAUACUGUAACUUCUCACAUCAAGUAUAUUUAUUUCUAAAUGUGCAUAAUUGCAUCUAUAGCCUUUGUUAAAUUUAUGGUCUUAAUCACUGAUUUCUUAUUUCAUUCAUUUUAUGAUUAUGAGUUUAAACUGUUUUAUUAUGCAAUUCAAUUGCAUAUACAA